AUGGAAGAUUUUAAUAAGCCUAAAGAGUACGAUCCAGAGCUGGCGAAAUAUAAUUUUAUCCAAUGAGACUGAAAAGCUGAAUUUGGGUUUGAAGAAGACGACGGGCUGCCUGAAGAUUCCACACAAGAAGAGGCAACUGUUCCAUUGAAAUCUUAUAGUGACCUCCAAGAUAAGUAUUCAGCAUUAAAAACUGAAUUUGAAGAAUACAAAUCACAGCAAGAAAGCAACCGCCAAGUGGAAACCUCAGUGCUAAAUCUCAUGAAAAAAACAUUAGAAAACACCAGAAUUCAGCUAGAAUCAUUACAAAAGCAGCAACGACAUAACAUUCAGCAAUUAAUCCACUAUAAAGAAGCUGCAGAGUCAUAUUAUACUUUUUAAGAAAAAAUAAGCUAUUUUUUCUUAUAAUUAUUGCAUUUUUUAUAUAUAAAAAUAAUUAGUAAAACUUAGCAUUCUUUUUAAAUGAAAAUACUCUCAUUUGUAUUUAAUAGAUACAGCCACUUGUAAGGCCGUAUCCUAUUUUAUAUAAAAGUUAGAAUGACGUCUAACCAGUAGAUUUUCUAUUUAUUUUUAAAAAAAUAUAUCAUAUGUCAGGAAUUAUUCCAAAAGAUUUUGUAUUUGUUGACAUUGACGCCGAAAUCAUGCGAGUUGCAGAGCUAGACAUCGAAGGAAUUAAGCUCGAUUACACCAGAAGACUCCAAGAUAUCGAAAUUAAAAACGGGAAAGAAACAAAAGAAUAUCAAAAGAAACUGAAAGAUUUAAUUAAUCUAGUCAGAGAAGAAAAAGAAAAAACAAAAAAAGCGAUGGAAGCUGCAAAAAAAGCAAUCGAAUACGCCAAAAAUAUGAAACCUUCACAGGGUGGAUCAUCAAAAGAAGCAGAAUUAACCAUGAAGCUAAAAGAGCUGCUAAAAAGGUAUAAACAGCUUCAGCUCGAAAACCGACAAAUUUUAUCGAGAAGUUCCUAUAUCCCGCCUGCAAAUUUUCCCUCAAUUUUGCCUAUAAUUUCCGAUUUAAAAUCCAAAUUCGGCGACCUUAAAGAUUUCAUCAUUUCAAUCACCAAAAAAAUGCCUGUUCUGCUUGUAAAACUCGCCAAAGAUGAAGCCAAAAGCAUAAAUUCUUUAAAAAACAAAAAUUACGAUUCUUUAUUACAAGACUACCAUCACAUUUUGAAAGAAAGAAAAUACUUAUUUAACCUUGUACAGGAGCUUAAAGGUAAUAUCCGAGUUUUCUGCAGAGUCCGCCCAUUGCACCCUGACGAGCCUUCUAGUUUAAAUUUUAACGAGCCUGACACAAUUACAGUAUCAAACCCUUUAUUAGGACUUGUAAGGACCUGGGAGUUCGAAAAAGUGUUUACUCCCGAUAAAACCCAAGAAGACGUUUUCAAUGAGCUCAGCUAUAUGGUUACUUCUUUUUUAGAUGGCUAUAAUGUAUGUAUGUUUACAUAUGGACAAACUGGGUCUGGGAAGACUUAUACCAUGGAAGGGCCUGAUGAGAACCCUGGGAUCAUUUACAGGGCAGCUUCUUAUGUGUUUCAGCAGGUAAAUUCUAGGGCUUCGUCUUGAAGCACUGAGCUUUCUAUAUCGUUGAUGGAAGUUUAUAAUGAAACUAUUAGGGAUUUAUUAAAUGAAGGGCAGGCCAAGCUGAAAGUCAAACAAGACAAUAAUCAAAGAAACCAUGUCCCUGGACUUACAAUAGUGCCAGUCAGGUCUAUAGAUGAAGUUAUUGGGUAUAUGAAAUAUGGGCUUUCUGUAAGAGCUACUGGGACCACAAAUAUGAAUAAACAUUCGUCAAGAUCCCAUUUAAUUAUGACUUUAUACCAAAAAGCAGUUAAUUCAAAAGGGUUUAGUUUUUUUAUAUAAAAAUUAUUAUUAAUAUUUUUUUAUAAAAAAUAAAAAAAUUAAUUCAAAAAUAAACACAGAAAUUUAUAGCAAAAUUCACCUAAUUGACUUAGCUGGCUCUGAAAGACUAAAUAAAUCAGGAAGUGAAGGCGAGCGGCAAAAAGAAGCCCAACACAUAAACUUAUCAUUAUUUGCACUUGGAGAUGUAAUUUCUGCAAGGUCGCAAAAACUAGCUCAUGUCCCAUUUAGGAACUCUAUUCUUACACACUUAUUGCAAGAUUCCUUAUCUGGAGAUUCCAAGACUCUUAUGAUUUUACAGAUAAGUCCUGAGAUGAGACAUGUGGAGGAGACUGUUUGUAGCCUUAAUUUUGGAGCUAAGGCGAGAGCUACUCAAAUAGGAGUUGCACAAAAAAAUCAAGUAAAAAAUAACAGUUAA